UUCUCUUCUCUUCGUCCUGCUGCUGUCUUUCUCUUCUUUCUUCCUCUCAUUCUCAUCUGUCUUUCUCUCCCCACUCCACUCCUCCUACUUCGACAGCUGAUGCUGGCUGUUGCUGUUUGAAUGAGCCCUCUCUGUCCUUGAAUGCCACACAGUCUGCUUCCUACUGUCUAAGAGAGCUUCGUUCAUAAUGAUCUCGACCAGACUCGCGCGCGCGGGUGGUCUGGCCCCGAGGUCCCGGCUUUUGCUCCGGACCCGUGGUAUGGCCACCGUUAGCGAUCCCCUCGACAAGAAGGUCGAGAUGACCAACUGGGAAACUGGCAACUACAUCAACUACAAGAAGAUGUCCGAGAACUUGGAAAUUGUCCGCCGCCGUCUGAACCGCCCUCUGACAUACGCGGAGAAGAUCCUGUACUCUCACCUUGAUGACCCUCAUGGCCAAGACAUCGAGCGCGGCAAGUCUUACCUCAAGCUGCGCCCUGAUCGUGUUGCUUGCCAGGAUGCUACUGCUCAGAUGGCCAUCCUGCAAUUCAUGUCCGCUGGCAUGCCCUCCGUUCAGACUCCGGCCACCGUCCACUGUGACCACCUGAUUGAAGCUCAGAUUGGAGGCGAAAAGGAUCUUGAACGUGCCAACAAGAUCAACAAGGAGGUCUACGACUUCCUUGCUUCUGCGACUGCAAAGUAUAACAUUGGUUUCUGGAAGCCUGGUUCCGGUAUCAUCCACCAGAUUCUCCUAGAGAACUAUGCUUUCCCUGGUGGUCUGAUGAUCGGUACUGAUUCCCACACCCCCAACGGCGGUGGUCUCGGUAUGGCUGCUAUCGGUGUUGGUGGUGCUGAUGCUGUUGAUGUCAUGGCCGGUCUUCCUUGGGAGUUGAAGGCACCCAAGGUCAUUGGUGUCAGGCUGACCGGCAAGCUAUCCGGAUGGACUGCGCCCAAGGAUAUCAUCCUGAAGGUUGCUGGUCUCCUCACUGUCAAGGGUGGUACUGGUGCCAUUGUUGAGUACCAUGGACCUGGUGUUGACUCACUUUCUUGCACUGGUAUGGGUACCAUUUGCAACAUGGGUGCUGAAAUCGGUGCCACCACUUCUCUCUUCCCCUUCAACGACCGCAUGUACGACUAUCUGAAGGCCACCAAGCGCCAGCACAUUGGUGACUUUGCCCGCUCAUAUGCCAAGGAUCUGCGUGAGGACGAGGGUGCCGAGUACGAUCAACUCAUCGAGCUUAACCUGGAUGAGCUUGAGCCCCAUAUCAACGGUCCCUUCACCCCUGAUCUUGCCACCCCCAUCUCCAAACUCAAGGAGGCUGUUGACGCCAACAAGUGGCCUGAGGAGGUCAAGGUCGGCUUGAUCGGCUCUUGCACCAACUCUUCCUACGAGGACAUGUCCCGUGCUGCGUCCAUCGCUCAGGAUGCUCUUGACCACGGCAUCAAGGCCAAGUCUCUCUUCACCAUCACCCCUGGCUCUGAACAGAUCCGUGCCACCACCGAGCGCGAUGGUCAGCUGAAGACCCUCGAAGAGUUCGGAGGUGUGAUCCUUGCAAAUGCUUGUGGUCCUUGCAUUGGUCAGUGGGACCGUCAUGAUGUAAAGAAGGGCGAGCCCAACACCAUCGUCUCCUCCUACAACCGUAACUUCACUGGCCGUAACGAUGCCAACCCCGCCACCCACGCCUUCGUCACCUCUCCCGACCUCGUCGUUGCUCUCUCCAUUGCCGGUACCUUGAAGUUCAACCCUCUCACCGACAAGCUUAAGGACAAGGACGGCAAUGAGUUCCUCCUCAAGCCUCCUACCGGUGACGGCCUUCCUGCUAAGGGCUACGAUGCUGGCCGUGACACAUACCAGGCUCCUCCCAAGGAGCGUGCUAGCAUCAACGUUGCCGUCUCUCCCACUAGCGACCGUCUCCAGCUUCUGGCAGGAUUUGCCCCCUGGGAUGGAAAGGAUGCUGUUGGCAUCCCUAUUCUUAUCAAGUGCCAGGGCAAGACCACCACUGAUCACAUCUCCAUGGCUGGCCCAUGGCUGAAGUACCGUGGACAUCUUGACAACAUCUCCAACAACAUGCUUAUUGGUGCUAUUAACGCUGAGAACGGUGAAGCCAACAAGGUCAAGAACGCCUUCACUGGCAAGUAUGAUGCUGUUCCUGCUACUGCUCGUGACUACAAGGCCCGCGGCAUCAAGUGGGUUGUCAUUGGUGACUGGAACUACGGUGAGGGUAGCUCUCGUGAGCACGCUGCCCUCGAACCCAGACACCUUGGUGGUCUUGCCAUCAUCACCCGCAGCUUUGCUCGUAUCCACGAGACCAACCUGAAGAAGCAGGGUAUGCUUCCUCUGACCUUCGCUGACCCCGCCGACUACGACAAGAUCAAGCCUGAUGACAAGGUUGACCUCCUCUGCACCGAGCUUGCUGUCGGCAAGCCCAUUACCCUCCGUGUCCACCCUAAGGAUGGCAAGCCCUUCGACAUCAAGCUUGUCCACACCUUCAACGAGUCCCAGAUUGAGUGGUUCAAGGAUGGAUCUGCCCUGAACACCAUGGCUCGCCACUCUGCUAACAAGCACUAAACGUAAUUACGAAGGUUGUGACUUUUGAAUCAGGUGGAGUCGCUUGGGAGUGUAACAUUAGGAUAUGGAAGAGAGGUGGUGAAAUUUGUGGGGUUUCUGAAAGACUAACGAUUCUUUUUCCUUUUCUCUGGCCCUAUAUUUCCCUACUGAGUUUGGAUCGGCAUCAUGGAUAUAGUGUUUUCGUCUAUCUUCAGUUGGUACAGGUUAAACUUGCAUCUAUAUUUUUCGUUAUUAGAUUCUGGUUCUGUUCUUUGCCUCUUGUCGCCAUAUAAAACCAAAAUUCUGCCGUACAUUGAUCUUGCGAAUCACCAUCCUCGGACAUUGUCUGCAACAGUAGACGAAGCUGCCAUCUCCGACCAUGCGAGAUUUGAUGUAGAUAGAUAGUAUGCACCUUACACUUUGUUGAAGCAGUCCUAGAUGAAGAAGCACACCGUCAGGGAAGAGGA